AUGGCUGAAAUAACACAACCUUUCAAUUCAUUACUAAAGAAGGAUGUCAGGUUCAUUUGGAAUAAGGAACAUCAACAAGCAUUCGAAGGAGUGAAGUCAGCUUUAACUUCCCCUCUCUCCAUGAGUCCUCCUCAGCCAGUGAGGCCCUUGCUCCUCUACAUCACUUCCACGCCGAAAUUAGUUAGAGCUCUGCUUGCCCAGGAAAUUGAUGGACUCGAACGACCGAUGUACUACAUAAGCAGAGUCAUCCAAGAGGCUGAGAUUCGAUAUUCCCCCAUUGAGCGGCACUGCCUUGCCCUAUUCUUUGCUGCCAAAAAGCUCUGUCAUUACCUUCUUUCUUACCCCAUCCAUCUCAUGACGAGAAGUGAUCCCAUCCGAUUUCUCCUCACGAGACCAGUGCUCUCUGGCAGGUUGGCCCGCUGGCUUCUAUCAUUAGCAGAAUAUGACAUCACUUGCAAAGCUCCCAAGGCCAUCAAGAGUCAAGCGCUCGCCGUCCCCUUGGCUCACUUCCCCAGUGGGGAACAUGAGCCGCCUUCGGAUGAAUUGCCAGGAGAUGAGUUCCAAGCUGCUGAAGUAAACACCAAAGGAGAAUGGAGUUUGAGCUUCGAUGGAUCAUCCGCCUCUAAAGGGGGUGGAGCUGGAAAAGUCCUUAUUUCCCCAAAUCAAAUUGAAGUCAAUUUGUCAUAUAAACUGGAUUUUAAAUGCUCUAACAACGAGGCGGAAUACGAAGCCCUGAUAUUAAGGCUUAUGGCGGCACUCCAUCUAGGAGUAAGUCUCGUAUGUAUCAAAGGCGACUCUAAUCUAGUGGUCAAGCAGACCAAUGAAGACUAUGCUAUCAAAGAGCCCCUUUUGGCUUCAUACAGAACCAUUGUCCAAAGUUUGACAGACAAAUUUGACACGGUAAGGAUAGAACAAGCUCCUCGCUCCAACAAUCGACACCUGGACACCCUUGCUACCUUGGCUUUUAAGGUAGAAUUCCCUGAAGAAUCAACUAAGAUAGAAGUUCUGAAGUGCCCCAUGUCGUGCUCGGUAACAACUAUCUUUCCCGAAAAAGAACCCGCCGACUGGAGAGCCCCAAUCAUCGACGAGCUCCAUGGCCCCUCAGGUAAACUACCUUUGUGCAAAAUCAAACACUUCACGAUUUACCAAGGAGUCCUCUACUACAGAGGGCCUGGGGGUCUACUAGCACGAUGCACCGACCUUACCGAAGCCAAGUCUAAACUAGAAAGGGUUCACAACCGUUCUUGCGGAACAAGAGAUGUGAGCCUCUACAGGAGGCUACAACGAUAA